UCCAAAACAACUCAAUUCCUUCCAACAUUUCUCUUCUAAUACUCUUCAUGGCUUGUAAGCUCCACACCAACUCUCUCCUUCCUCUCGUUCUCCUUACCUUCUUCCUUCUCCCUUCAACACCCCUUUCAAGCUAUCCAAACAAUGAAAGAGAUGAGUUCAUGAAAUGGAUAUCAUGGAAUGUCCAAAACCACAAAAGAACUGUCGCAUGGCAGCUGAACUCCAAUUCAGGAGUGCUCCACGGUGGGUCGAGAUCUCUUGACAUGAAGCUGGCCAAGGCAGAGGCAGCGGCAACGAGGUACAUUGUGAGCCAGAAUGGAAGCGGGAACUAUAAGAGCAUAAGAGAGGCUAUAGACAGCAUUCCAUUGCAUAACACAAGGAGAGUCAUCUUGGAGAUCAGAUCUGGAAUCUAUAGAGAAAAGAUAGUCAUUCCGAAAUCCAUGUCCUUCAUCACCUUCUUAGGCAAUGGUGCGAGCCCACCGGUGAUAACAGGGAACGACACAGCAGCCACAAGGGGGAAGGAUGGAGUGCCCCUCAAUACAUUCCACAGUCCCACUGUUGCUGUCAAUGCCAACUACUUCGUUGCAGCCAACAUUAAGUUUGAGAACACGGCCCCAUACCCGGAAGUUGGGACAACCGGAGGACAGGCGGUGGCCCUUCGGAUCUCCGGCGACAAGGCCGCCUUCUAUAACUGCAGCUUCUAUGGGUCUCAGGACACACUAUACGACCACAAGGGCCUUCACUACUUCAACAACUGCUUCAUCCAAGGGUCUGUGGAUUUCAUCUUUGGGUAUGGGAGAUCUCUAUAUGAAAACUGCUAUCUGAACUCCAUUACAAAGAGGGUGGCAUCGCUCACUGCUCAGAAGGGGAGCCUCAAGACGAUGGAGAGCGGGUUCUCGUUCCUCAGGAGCACGAUUACGGGAAGCGGUCUGGUAUACCUUGGGAGGGCAUGGGGAGACCAUUCAAGGGUUGUCUUCUCCUACACAUACAUGGACAAGGUGGUCAUACCAGAAGGGUGGAACAGCUGGGGCAUCCAACGGCCCGAAACGAGCGGAGUGUACUAUGGGGAGUACCAAUGCAGCGGACCAGGAGCUAACUGGACGGGGAGGGUCCAUUGGGCUCGUCUGCUAACUGACAAGGAGGCCCAACCUUUUCUCGGCACCUACUAUGUCUAUGGGGAGUCCUGGUUAUUGGGCCCACCAUCAGCUCUUCUAUGGGUCUCAGGACACACUAUACGACCCCAAGGGCCUUACUACUUCAACAACUACUUCAUCCAAGGGUCUGUCGAUUUCAUCUUUGGGUAUGGAAGAUCUCUAUACGAAAACUGCUAUCUGAACUCCAUUGCAAAGAGGGUGGCAUCGCUCACUGCUCAGAAGGGGAGCCUCAAGACGAUGGAGAGCGGGUUCUCAUUCCUCAGGAGCACGAUUACCGGAAGCGGCCUAGUUUACCAUUCAAGAGUUGUCUUCUCCUACACAUACAUGGAGAAGGUGGUCAUACCAGAAAGGUGGAACAGCUGGGGCAUCCAACGGCCCGAAAUGAGCGGAGUGUACUAUGGGGAGUACCAAUGCAGCGGACCAGGAGCUAACUGGACGGGGAGGGUCCAUUGGGCUCGUCUGCUAACUGACAAGGAGGCCCAACCUUUUCUCGGCACCUACUAUGUCUAUGGGGAUUCCUGGUUAUUGGGCCCACCAUCAGCUUAGGGUCUUUCAUGCUUACAAUGUAAUGGGCUUUUUGCACCUUGAAACUAAUAUAGGCCCACUCCAUUAAGCUAUUCAAAUAGCAGAUUGGUGAAUGUAAAGAUGUUAUGAUGUCCCUAAGAAAAUGCAAGAUGUUUACUUAUGUGCACAAUAUUAAUGUCACAUCAAAUGAAAUUCUCUAUAGAUCACA